CUUUCCCCAAGAGACAACGAUUUCGCUCUUCCUGUCAUGCGGGUGAUUCAGGCAGAACGAGACGAUACCCCUAAAGGCAAUGGUGGUUAGCCACACGUUGACACCGCAUCAGCAGUGGGAGAGGAUUGGUACGCGUUUGACCAUUGCGAGAAGAGUGCAAUGAAGACGCGUCAGUAUCGCGUCGUCUGGAAACUUGCAAAGCCACCUCGGCAAAUUGUGGCUCUUUCCUGUCACGUCGGGGUCGUGGAUUCCUAGAGUCCCGAAACUCUAGUAGAGUCACUCUAGGCAAGUCGUGCGUGUCCUACCACGUUGAAGCCGGAACAAUGGGAGUGCUGCCUACCUCUACGUUCAGCAUCAAGCUGUGGGAAGAAGAGAAAAAGAGAAGCACGAAGAGAAAACGAAAUGCGCGCAGGUACUUACAACAUAAAUCUCGUCAUCCCCUCUUGGUACCUACGAGUUGGUGAUUCAGGAAUGAUACCCACGCUCCAGCAAGAACCAGCGCCUUGCAUUCCUAAACUGUCAAAUGCUCUGGGACUGGCCAGGCAGUUCGACUAUUAGCACAACCAGCGUAACGGUUUUCUACCAUUUAUCGUCACCAGCACAAGGUUUUCUACCACCAUGCCAUCCACCGAGACUGACAAGAUGGUGUUCGUUCCUGCUGACGCUUUAAGAGCGGUCAUGCAUGGAGUUCGCGAGCAGAUUGCGGAGAAACAACGUCUGCUAACCCGGAUCGAAGAGAGUCGCAAGCGCGUACAAAUGCUUCGUAGCAGGUCUGCAGCUUUGGAGUCACGUCUGUUGGACCAUAGACAAAGUACUAUCGGACACAGCAAUGGCCCCGUCCCCCUCAAGAUCGAACCGAAUAGCGACAACAACUCGCCGGCAGUAGCGUCCCCCAGCGCGACGGAGAUACCUGAUCAGACUUCAGGCGGGAUCGUGACGAUGCAGAAGCGCGUUUCGCAGCUGGAGACACUCAUGGUCCUCGCGAAGGAGGUUUCUGCCCAGAGUAGCUUCGAGAGCGUCGUUGAACGUACACUACGGGCUGCACUGCAACUGGUACGCGCCGACAAGUUCACACUGGGCAUUUUGCAUGAGCGUCGCAAUGUCCUGGACGUAUACUCAACUCUGUGCAGCGAUAAUGACGCUGACCUAGAUUUGUCGCUCUCGAAAGUCGAUGUUAUAAGCGAAGGCUUCGUGGUGCCUGACUCCCCCACCGUUUUCGGCCGGGUGAUCAUGACUGGUAGACCUUUUACUAUCAACGAGUCCGACACUGAUGCACUCUUUCAAAACCAACGCAGCAAUGAUGCAGGAUCUCUACAAGCGCUGCUAUGUCUUCCCAUUCGCAAUGCUCAUGGCGCUGUCGUCGGUGUGCUUCAAGUGGUCAUUAAUAAGUGUACAACCGAUAAAACGCCGGUGUCUUUUACAGACACAGAUGUCGCCAAUCUGGAAUUCAUAGCAGUCGUGGCUGGGGCUACAAUUUGGAACCUCGUGCUCUCACGGCAGCGCCAGACAGCUCAGCAUCGUAUCGAAGGAUUGCUCAAAUUACACCGUAAUAUUUCCAUGGAGACUGUGUCUUCGUCGGUGGUACUAGAUCAGGUGCUUAGUGUUUGCCACGAACUAAUUGGCACCGAGCGCAUCGGUUUGUUCAUCAAGAUCGAAGGCGAAGACGAGCUUUACAUCGCAUCGGCAGCAGAUAUCGUUCGAGGAGAAUAUGUACCAAUCACUAAAGGUAUCGCUGGGUAUGUAGCUCGUACAGGUGAGACUGUCAUCACGAAUGACGCGUACUCGCAUCCACUGUUCGACUCGACAUUGGAUCAAAAGACUGGAUUCCUCACCAAGAGAAUCUUGUGUUUACCGGUCAAGUCUCCAGAGGGGACUAUAUUAGCUGUGCUCUCAGCAGUCAACAAGGUUGACGGUAUGGAUUUCACCAGCGAAGACGCCAUUUUCCUCAAUUAUGCAGCUGAAGCAGUAGGUACUUCAUUACACAAAGCAAGUUUGCAUCGUCAAGUCAGAACAUCGCAAAAGUUGAUAGAGGCACGGUUGAAGCUCACUACGUUCAUAUCCGAGAGCACUGACAUCGCUGAGUUCGUGAAUAUGGUUAUGGAGUUAGGCAAAGAUAUCAUGGAUUGCGAUCGAUUUGGGUUGUUACUAAUUGAUCAUUUCAAACAUGAGCUUUGGAUAACACCACGUGUCGGUGGUGAGAGUAUCCGCUCGCCAAUUAAUCGAGGGAUCUCUGGACUGGUAGCUACUACCGGCCAAACUGUUUGCACUCGAGACGCCUACAAGCACGAGUUGUUUGAUCCAAGUGUUGAUAUGAAGACAGGAUACCGCACCACAAGUGUACUGUGUAUGCCUGUGUUUGAAGACCACUCUGUGACUAUUCCUCCUAAAGUGGUAGCGGUUGCAAUGUGCAUCAACAAGAAAGAAGGCGCUCAUGUCGUUGCAUUCACACAAACUGAUCGUGAGAUCAUGAGCAAAUAUUGCGCAGAAGUACAGUUUGCACUCGGUCGGUUAUCUCUCGACGUCUCGUACUAUAAGGUCGUCGCAGACUGUGUCGCUGUAUCUCGUACGAGUGUGGACUCGAAUCCAAGGACUUUAAAGCGAAUGUCAACUACAACUCGCAUGGAUAAAUACUCCGAGACGGACAUCAUUUCCUCCAUUGUACACAAAUACUGUCACUCAGGCGAUGACAAUGCGAAUGUGACCAAGAAAAAAAGUAUCCCUUCCUUCGCUGCGCUACUACCGGCUAUCAAGAAAAAGAGUCAUGAAGACGACGAAGUCCCAUUCCCACGUGAAAUCGUCUUCACUCAUGGUAAAAAUGAACCGCUGGAUCAUUGGGAUACCGAGACAGUAUCACUUUCAAGCGGCGAAGUGUCGAUGAGCUGCGGUAUUAUUUUUCGAGCUUACGGAUUCAUGGACGCCUUCCGCAUUUCUAGUGAAAAAUUCUCAGCAUUCACGACAAAUGUGGCUAAUUACUAUCGCAGUAAUCCCUUUCACAAUUUCCAGCAUGCUUUCCAGGUCAUGGUAGCGAUGCACAUAAUGCUACGCACCGAAUGCCGCCGGUAUUUUAGUGGACUCGAGAUUUUCUCCAUGUUGAUUGCAUCGCUGUGUCACGAUAUUGACCAUCCUGGAAACAACAACGACUUUGAGUUAAAGAUGCUGAGCCCUAUGGCGCUCACUCACAACGAUGAUGCAGUGCUAGAGCGCCAUCACUGUCGUGUGACGUUCAUCAUUCUUAACCACAAGUCGGCUAAGAUCCUGCAGCAUCUCGACCGUGAACGGCACAAACGAGUGCGUCAACUCAUCAUUUCGUGUAUUCUGGCAACAGAUAUGUCGAAACAUUUCGAGAAAUGCAAGAUUCUUGAAGGUCUUACGCGUCGACAACUCAGCGAGAAGCGGCUUAUCUUGAUGGGCAUUCUCAUGCAUGCUGCCGACCUAUCACACUACGCGCUACCGUUUGCUCAGGCACAAGAGUGGGGUGCCCGCUUACUUGACGAGUUUCAGAAUCAAGCAGCGACCGAAGCUGAGCAUGGAGUUCAAACCGAUUACUUUAUGCAAAAUCUGGACAACAAACGCGUUCGGGUUAUUGUUCAUCUUAACUUCAUCAACUACGUCGUGCGACCAAUAUGGCUGCCUCUAACUUCACUUUGCCAUCAUCUUCGGUUCUACACGGACUCGCUUGAGAAAAACUACGAGCUGUACAGGCAACAAUUGGACAAGGAAAAGAGUAUCAACAGUGUACCAACGACACCCUCAACAACAGGUACACCGCAAACAGCCAGUAGACCAGCGCGGUCUUCCUUUUCUCGCAAUAUGUAAACUUCGUAUUGAAGAAUAUCGAUCCUUCGAUUGAUUUGUGCC